UUUCGAGUGAGUCAAUUUGCAAGCAAGCUGUUCUUCUAGCCACCAAGAAGCAAUGUUUGCACUCCGGUCGCGCUGCGCGUCUCGUGUAGCGAAUUCGCGGCUUUUCUCGACCUCGACACGCCUUCGCGCUCCUGAAGAUGCACCGAAACCACCACGCUCCAUCGAUGACUCGACCUCUGCGCUGGACUACAAAACAGCACAACGGAUACGUCCACCACCUCUUCCUGCUACGGACCUUCCAAGAUCUCAAAGUGCAGAAGAGGCUGUGACGAACAUCCUCUAUAACACCCCUCCUCCGAGUCUGCAGCCCUUUAAAAAACAUAUCUUUAACUGCCUGGUACAAAACGAACCUGGUGUGUUAUCCCGCGUAUCUGGUAUUCUCGCUGGUCGUGGGUUCAACAUUGACUCUCUGGUGGUGUGCCGGACUGAAAUUCGGGACCUAAGUCGGAUGUCUAUCGUCCUUAGUGGACAGGAUGGCGUUGUGGAGCAGGCAAGAAGACAGUUAGAGGACCUCGUGCCUGUAUGGGCUGUUCUCGACUAUACCGAUACCCGUGUUAUUACACGUGAAUUACUCCUCGUAAAAGUGUCCAUCCUUGGUCCCGAGUACUUGGAGGAUCAACUUCGUCAUCGCGAGACCAAACUUGAAAAAGAAACCACGCUCGCCCACAAUUUCGAGCGUAGUGCUCACCCUAACUCUCACACAGAGUCACAUAGUCCACCCCCAUUGACGCCCUCCGAGGCCCUCCGCCUUAAACACCAGCACCUUCAAUCUAUCUCCGUCUUAUCCGACCAAUUUGGAGCAAAGAUCGUCGAUGUGAGCGAGAACAGUGUCAUUGUUGAGCUCACUGCAAAAACGAACCGCGUCAUCGCAUUUUUGAGUCUUAUGGCAAUGCCGCGGACACCCAUCACGCAUUCCUCGGAUGAUUCUGAUGAUGGAGCGGACGAGAUUGGUGUUGUGGAUGCUAGUUUACUUCCCCCCUGGUUAGGUGCAAUUCUAUAUAGCGAGGAUUCAUAUCGGCUGUGA